GUCAGGCCGGGUCAUUAAGACGUCGUUAAUUACUAAUUGAUUUUUGAUAUUCUACAGGUAUAUAAGAUAGGUGUGGUGUAGUUUUGAGCAUUGUGUUAGCAGCUUCGAAACAACAGCAACUAUGAAGUGCAUGAUUGUCGCAGCUUUGGCCCUGGUGGCUGCCGUGCAAGCCAAGCCUUACGGCUUAGGUGGUCUCGGUCUUGGAGCUGGCAUCCGGGGAGGCCUCGGCGGUCUUGGUGCAGGCAUUGGUGGAGGUCUUGGCCUCGGCGGUCUCGGAGCUGGUAUCGGGAGCGGCAUUGGUCUAGGAGGUAUCGGAGGUGGAGAAUACGGUGGUGGUGGCAGCUACGGCCAGGGUGGCUAUGCUGGAGGAGAGUCAGGGUACGGAGACGCUGGCUACGGAGGUGGUGCCAUGAGCGCUGGCCAUGACAUCGGUCACCAGGAGAGCGACUUCAGCCAGGAGGUCCACCACCACCAGUCUUCCGGCCACGACAUCGGAGGCGUCAACCAGAUGGGUCACCAUGGUCACAACAUGUACGGCCACCAGGGCUACGGAACUGGUCAGCAAGGUUUCGGCAACCAAUACCACCAUGGUUCCGAGUUCAUAUAAACUCAUAACUAGGAUGUUCAUUUCGACUCCAAAUUAAAAGUUAUUUUAAUAAAUGAUUAUGCAUUA